AAUUCCUAAUCGGAGAGCGCGAGAAACUUCUAUGGUAUGUAUGAUUCUGAAUUCUUCGAUUUCAUAUCAUUCUUGUUCUAGCUUGAUCAUUGAUCAUUGAUCGUUCUUUUGUAUCUGUUAUGAGCUUGAAGAAUCGCCGUCAUUCAUCGUCAAUGGACAUAUAUGAAUAGUAGUGAUUUCAAACAAAGAGAAGUGAUCAGAAGUACAAGAACUUUUAGUGACACGAGAAUUUAAGUCAACUCAAGAAUGGACAUAAAUGAAUUGCAUCCCUAUACAAGAUGGAGCAGGUCAUCCAAGAUGAGUUUUCUAGUCAUCUCAAUUUUCUAGUUUAUUCAGUCAUUCUCAAUCAUGGACAGCUGUGACAGCCAAAAAGUGUUCUCAAAUGGUGACAUCUAUGUUGGGAACUUCAAGGGAUUUCUUCCUCAUGGUAAGGGUAAAUAUAUCUGGUCGGAUGGGACUGCUUAUGAAGGUAGCUGGGAAGGAGGUAAAAUUACUGGCAAUGGAAAGAUGAUUUGGCUUUCGGGUGCAACUUUUGAAGGGGAGUUUUCUGGAGGUUACCUUCAUGGUUAUGGGACUUUUACUAGUGCUGAUGGAUCUGUAUAUAGAGGAGCAUGGAGGCUGAGUCUCCAGCAUGGUAUUGGCAGGAAGCAAUACAGUAACUCAGACAUCUACGAUGGUUCCUGGAAAGAGGGGUUGCCUGAAGGCAGAGGGGGCUAUGUCUGGAAAACUGGCACUAGAUAUAUAGGGAACUGGAAGUCUGGGAAGAUGUGUGGUAGAGGGGUUAUGCAAUGGGAGAAUGGAGAUUUAUUUGAUGGCUCUUGGUUGAAUGGUCUUAGACAUGGCUCGGGUUGUUAUAGAUUUGCAGAUGGAAGUUACUAUUUUGGGACAUGGACUAAGAACCUAAAGGAUGGACGGGGAACAUACUAUCCUGCUAGAAACAAGCACAUAUCUACAGUGAAGUGGUCUAGCUUUUCUGCUCGUAAAUACAUUAGUAAACGCUUUCUAUCUCAUAGUUCAUCCAUGAGCUCCGUGGAGAGUCUCAUUUCAUCUCCAAGGGUCAAGCGUAGUAUUUCUGAGAAGUUGACUGUUAACGGCUCCAGAAGUAACUUAGAUCAAAUAUGUAAUGGGGCGUCGAUUAUGAAUGGAGAUUGGAGUGUUGGUGAUUCUGGUGGAGGAUUCUCAUCACUUCACUCUAACUUCAUUUUGUCACAAAGCGCUUAUGAGGGUCAAACUGAGGUUAAUGGGACAAUUGUGUAUGAAAGAGAAUACAUGCAAGGGGUUUUGAUUAAAGAAAGGGCAACUAAAUGUGAAAGGAGACCACACAAAAGUAUAAAAGUUAAUAAGUUUCAGACUGAAGAAACAAGAAAGAAGUCGGGUGCUAAUGAUGCUAAAAAAAGCAAGAGUUACAAUUUGAUGCUAAAUCUGCAACUCGGUAUCAGGUACACUGUGGGCAAGAUUACACCAGUGCCCAUGCGAAAAGUAAGGGAUUCCGAUUUUGGAGCUCAGGCUAGAAUAAGAAUGCAUUUUCCUAGAAAGGGUUCUCAGCUUACACCUCCACACUAUUCAGUUGACUUUUACUGGAAGGACUACUGCCCUAUGGUUUUCAGGAUGUUGAGGGAGAUGUUUAAGCUAGAUGCUGCAGAGUACAUGAUGUCUAUCUGUGGCGACGAUGGUUUGAGGGAGCUUUCUUCUCCAGGAAAAAGUGGCAGCUUCUUUUAUCUUUCAAAGGAUGACAGAUUUGUAAUCAAAACUCUGCGAAGAUAUGAAGUGAAGACUCUACUGAAAAUGCUACCCAGCUAUUAUAAGCAUAUUCAAGAAAAUGAGAACACUCUCAUUACGAAAUUUUUUGGACUCCACAGAAUUACAUGGGGAGGAGGAAAGAAGGUGCGUUUUGUUGUCAUGGGGAACAUGUUCCUCACUGAGUUGCGAAUACAUCGUCGUUUUGAUCUGAAAGGCUCAAGACAAGGAAGAUUGACCAGCCCAGAUAAGAUUAGUGAAAACCCCACAUUGAAAGAUCUUGAUUUGUCAUAUGAGUUUGAAAUGGAUAAGUUACUCCGAGGGGCACUUUUUGACCAAAUCCAUCUGGAUUGCAAGUUCUUGGAAUCCCAAGAUAUAAUUGAUUAUAGUCUUCUAUUGGGGUUGCAUUUCAGAGCUCCUGACCAUCUAACGGCCCUAUUAGAGCCUCCAGAUGAAAUACACAAGCAUGAGAACUUACCUCAAAAUGAUGGUUUUACAUCAUCUGGGGAACUCUUGAUUCCUCCCAACGGUCUAAUGCUAGUAACCCAUGAACCAAGCUCUGUCAGCACUGCACCCGGUCCUCAUAUUCGUGGAAAUACUUUGAGAGCUUACUCUGUAGGGGACAAGGAGGUUGAUCUCCUCCUCCCCGGAACCGGAAGGUUGCGUGUGCAAUUAGGGGUGAAUAUGCCAGCCAAGGCCAGGAGACUUUUAAAAGACGAGUCAAACGAGUCAGAUUCAGAAGUCGAACUAUUCGAGGUAUAUGAUGUAGUUCUCUAUCUUGGAAUAAUCGACAUAUUACAGGAAUACAAUAUGAAAAAGAAAGUCGAGCAUGCUUGCAAAUCCAUGCGAUACGAUCCCAUGUCGAUAUCUGCAGUGGAAACUAAGGUGUAUUCAAAACGCUUCAUCGAUUUUCUCGAAAGAGUUUUUCCAAUCAGCAGCCAAUAAGGUGACACUUUGUAAUGGUUUUGUCCAUUAUUUCUCCCCUUAAUUUGGUCCUUUUGCAAGUGUGUGAGCAAAUGGUGUAGAUAGCUUUAAUUUGUUAAGAGUAUGUAAUAUAAAAUGUAAUCAUUAUCAUCAUUUCUCAAUGGACAUAAGAUAGGAAUAAUGUCAAUUAAAAAUAA